GCAAGUAAUAGUCUAACAAAACCUCAACCUCGCCUCGGAAUAAGAAAUCCACGAGCGGUAGAGUGGAAUCCGGCAAGAUGAGCACAGUCGAUACAAUAAAUACCUUAUUGGAGGACACGAGAAACGACGUUGCUGUCAUCGUCUCGAUAUUGGAGAGGUUGAAAGCUGAAGGGGGGAAUGGGUUUGUGAAAGGGGCUGAGAAGUGUGGUGAUGCUUGUCGGCAGGCCGAGUGGAGGCAGAUAUUGGGCGACAGCGGGAUUUUGGGAUUCUUCCUGGAUCAGCUGGACAAAGAGGUUGAAUUUCUGCUCGGCCGACAGAUAUUUCGGGUUAUUGCAAAUUCGAUUGCUGAUAAUGACGGAAACCGGCAGAGGUUGAUAGACCACCCAACUGCUCUCAAGACUGUCCUUUCUCUUGUUAGCAGCGAGGACUUGUCUAUGUUUGCCACAGCGACAUUGCAAAAUCUUACUCUUGAUAAUGAGGUUGCACAGCUGAAGGUUAUUGAAGCGGGCGGAGUAGAGGUGCUCAUGGAACUAGUCGGCACCAGAGGUGAUGGUUCAGUAGAUAUUCAAGUUUCCCUCCGAGUCUUAGAGCUCUUAGUACCGCAUGACACCGCGAAACAAGUCACCCCCCCGACAUGCAUCAGACCCCUCCUCUCAAAACUUUCCACUGAAGUCACCCCCAUAGAUGACCGCAUCCUCCUCCUCACAAUCCUAACCACUCUACUCACCCACUCACCCCUGCAACUCGCCAUCCUAGAGCAAAAUCAAUUCCCCCUCUUCCUCCAAGUCUUCGAAAUGACCCACUCUCUCCUCUUCGACCCAGCCCUCGACAUAACUGACCGCAAACGCCUCUUCUCUGCCAAGUCCCCACUGAUGGACAAUAUAGCUGACAUUUCCUGGAAACCCACGUUCCUGGCCACAUACCCACUCUCGUCCGCACCCAUUGCCAAAAUCCUCACCUGGCUCUCCGCGAGCAACGAACCACACCGCUACGACAAAGUAAUUGCCGCAUGCCUAGUCUUCGGAAACGUAACGCAGUCCACAGAAGUAUGUCGGGAGCUGAUACAUACUUACGCGCUCCACAAGACACUAUUUUCAGUGAUUCACCGUGCAGUGGAGGGGUAUGAACAGAGCAAGAAAGAUCUCGAAUCCCUCCCAGCAGAAGUAAAACUGGAUAGCGCCGGCGCUGGGAAAGGUGGGAUAUACCUCUCCCUCCUGCACAGCGCAAUAGGCGUCCUCAGGAACUUUUCCGUACCAAAGAGCGAGAAGGCCAUUCUCGUCGAUGCUGGCGCGCUCGAUGCCAUCCUAGCAGCAGUAGGGAUGGAAGGCGUGGGCGUCGGUCAGGUUUGGUAUUCCGCUGUCGGACUGGCGCGACUAUUGUGUGUUGAUUGCGUAGAGAAUUGCAAGAAAAUCACCUCCCCCCUCGAGCCUGGAGAAAUAACCUGUCUGGAGAAAUUACUACAAACAUACACGCAGGCAGAAGAACUUCCCACAAAAACCGAAAUCGCCCGCAUGAUUGUCAGCAUCCUCCGCUGCCUCUCCUCAUUGCCUGAAGAUCCACCUACCGCCUACCAUCUCGGUCUGGCACGUCCUCUGUGGGACAUGGUUCUGCAGGACAAGUGGGUUGUUGUUCGCAGCGAAGGGCUGCUGGGGUUGGCUCUAUUGGCAAAGGGCUCCGAAGCGGGGGAGCUUUGGCAGGAGUGGGGGGACAAGGAAUGGGAGGUUGUGGAUAAACUUGACGGGAGGGAUUUGGAGAAUGUCGGGGUGAUGAUUGUGAAUCUUAGGAAUGGGGAGUGUGCAGACGUUAUUGCGGGGAACAAGAGGGUAGAGGGAUUGCUGGGAAAGUGUCUCGCUGGGAAAAUGGCCGAGGUGCAGGUUGAGGAGGAAUAG